CUUGCUUCUACAUUCGAGCGAUAAAAAAAGAAAAGAACGAAAUUAAACGACGGUGGGAACGAAGUGAACCGAAGUGUUAAAAAUGCUGUGUCGUUGGCUCGCCCUCCUGAUACUCGCUGCUUUUCUCCUGGUUAUCGAAGGGAUCGCGGUCACUCAAGGCACUUUCGCUCGAGAUCAAAAGCUGGCGGGAGGAAAUGUGUUUGGCAAUCACAAUUUCACCAACGGACCAACGUUCGAAAUGAACGUUCCACGAAAUGUGACCACAGCAGUUGGCCAGACUGCUUUCCUUCAUUGCAGAGUUCAUCAACUGGGUGACAAAGAGGUGUCCUGGAUGCGCAAAAGGGACAUGCACAUCCUGAGCGCGGGGAUCCUGAUGUACACCUCGGAUCUAAGGUUCCAAGUGAUCCAUCCGGACAAGUCCGAGAACUGGACCCUCCAGAUCAAGUCGCCCCAGGAACGGGACUCGGGGGUUUACGAGUGCCAGGUCAGCACCGAGCCCAAGAUGUCGUUGAACUACAGCCUCAACGUGGUCGAGGCACGGGCCAGAAUAAACGGGCAAGCGGAUAUUUACGUGAAAACCGGCAGCCUUCUCACGCUCACCUGCCUCAUGUCUCAAGGGCCUCACGACCUUGGCACAGUGGCUUGGUACCGUGGUAGCCAGCCAGUGGUUACGUCUCCUCAUUCGGAGAACGACGUGAACGGCGAGCCUCGUAUCACGGUCGAAACCGAAUGGAGCGAUGCCCUCACCUCAAGAUUGAGGAUCACCCAUGCAAAGCCAAGCGACUCUGGAAACUACAGUUGCGUGCCCACUGUGGCGGAGAGAGCCAGCGUCAACGUGCAUGUUAUUAAUGGAGAGCAUCCAGCUGCAAUGCAGCACGGGAACACGGCAGCAGGCUCGCCAACAUCGAAGACGGUCCUCGUAAUGCUCGCCUUCUUUUUGGGUCAAUUGAGAUAAUGUGUGUUCUCGUACGUGUGUCCCUCGUGAGUGUGUCUCCAACCUGUCUGUAUGCGUGUGUACUAUGCGCAUGUACUCUCGACCGUGGUAUUUGCAUGUGUGCGAGCUUGUAUGAUGUGUUGUGCACGUGCGAAUUAAACGCGACCAUGAAUGGAUCUUAGACGCGAGCAUUAAGUGAAUAAAAAAGAAGAAAAAAAUAGAAAAA